GGCCGAGGAGCGCCUUGGAUGAUCUUCCCGACGAGAUGCAGCACAGCGAGCUGCUCUUCUUGGUGGAGCAGAUGAGGAUCACCAAGAGGCGCAACAAUCUGUGCUCCAUGGACGAUCUUCCCGACGACGUUCUCAUCCGGAUCCUAUCCCUGCUCGUCUCCUCGCGCCAAUUGUAUCGCUGUAGCCUGGUGAGCAAGAGGUGGGCGCGUCUGGCAAGGCUAGUCACGCACUUCAGGUUGGAAUCGUAUGAGCAACAGGGUCUCCUUUCCUGGUUUGGCAGCAGCAGCAGCAGCAAUCUCCGCUCCCUGUCUUUGACAGGUUCCUCAAAACAGCUAUGCUCUUGUCUUGACUGGCUACCGGUGAUUGGAAAAACCCUCCACUCCCUUACCAUCAGCGUCAGUGUGGAUGGUUUCUGGUCCAGCAUUCUCGCCUGCCAGCAGCUACGGUGCCUCCAUAUCAACGAUGGUGUCGAGCUUGGUGGCCCUCUCACGACGACGGCAGCGCCUCCAAUCCUUCCCAAUCUCGUCUACUGCUUCAUACGCACACGCUUGGACGUGGCCACGACGAAGCAGCUCCUCGAGUUGUGCCCCUCGCUCGUCUACUUCCGGCUGACCCAGCUGCUUGUGGAGUCGGCCGGGACGCAUUUGCUCAAGAGUCACAGCCUCGACUCCCUGGUGAUUCGCGCCCACAGGGUCCCCGGCAGGAGCGUUACCAACUUUUCUCUCGCGCUCGACAUGCCCAAGCUCCGGUGGAUGUCUGUCACCGUGGUACCGCGCGUGGAGCUCGCGCCGUCUACGUGCAACGUGGAAUGGGUGAAGCUGCAUGGGCAAGUGCGAAUCAUCCAGGGUUUGGUCAUGUCCAAGCUCAACAGGCUCACGCUCAGCAAUACCUUCCGAGGCAAUGCCCACGUCGAGCGAAUUCUCGAGCCGUUUGUUUGCAGGACGUCGAGCAUCAGUGGCAUCAAGCAGCUCGACCUGUUUAUGGAUUCGGCCGACUUCGAGCCCAGAUCCGUUAACCUCGCACAGCUCUUGGAGCCGUUCCAUGGCCUUGAGGCGCUUUACAUUGCUCGCCUCACCAUCAAGAGCUUGAGCCUUGCGGGGUGGAGCAGCAGGCACGCGCCACUGCGCGUGCACAUUGACACCUCCUACUCGAACAAGCGGGUGCCGUGCUGGGACAGUGACGAGAUCGAGUUUGUACAGGAGCUGGUGGUGAGCAGCAGCUGUGUGACGCAGCUCGAAGUAACAGGCAUUGUGUGCAUUGAGGAGCCGCCUGAAUUCCGGCCCCAGGUGCCUCCGGCGAUCGUGGAGCUGGGCACAGCGUUCCCCGGUCGUGUCAAGGUGCAUCCCAUCCGCUUUGGCAUGCCACCGCACUGCGGCGUUGUCUGGCGCUGCAUGAAGCCCAAGCUUGAUUCGGAGGCGCCCUACACUGCAAUCCACCACCGGUGCGCAGGUUUCGACGAGAACACGGAGUUGUGUGCGUGAACCAGUGCCUCCUGGUCAACGCCGGCGUUGGCAAUCUGCCACAUUGGGGAGUAGAGGUACUGGCAGCUACGCGCUCGGAGCAUCUACACGGUGAGCGGGAAGAAGCAGAAGGUGGCCAAGCUGCGAGGAGUGAAGGAGGAGAGAGCCCGGCUACAGUUCCAUCGAAAGUCUUUUGUGGGGAUGCGACGCAUCACAUCCACGCAGAGCUCCAGAUGAUCGAGAGCAAGCGUCGCCCGUCGCAUGUCUUUGGGCGACGCCACAGAGUUUGCGUCCAAGUGGCACAAGCUUGUUGGGAGGAGGAUGACAGAUCCGUGAAGGCUCAUAUCAAAGAUCUGUCUACGUCAAAGAACUUGAAGGUGGAGUUUUCUUAAGGGCCUUUUCUUUGAAAACGUAGCUUUGGAACGAGAAUCACGGGUUGUUCUGAGGAAUAAUAAUACAAUGAGUUGUCCAUGUCUUU